UCCGAGGAAUGUUCCGAAUGGUAGAGGACGACACGUGAAAUAAAAUAUGAACAGAUAAAUAUUGACGAGUAAAGACAAAACACAACAGAAACUGAAAUGUACAAAAGGAUUGUGAGUAAAGGUCAUCUACCAUAUACCUACCUGAAAAUAAAAUUAGAAUUUGAAGAUGGUGUAAGGGAACCAGAAAUAGAGGCAGCCAUGUUUAAGUAUUUUAUUACACAAGCUAUUCAGUCAUUGCAUGGUGAGAUAGGAGCAAGUCACAGUGUAGAUGUGCUGAAAUUUCGAAAGAGGCAAUUAGAAGCUAUCCUUAGAGUAUCUUACAGUUUUCUGUCCAAGUUAUGGAGUUCCCUGACCUUAGUUGGAAAUUAUAAGGGCCAAGUCUGUGCAUUUAGAGUCCUACAGGUAUCAUCUCAUUUGAUGGCUUUAUCUUCAAACAGCAGAGAACUAGAAGUUUCUUGAGUAAAUUCAAUGAGUGAAUACCUGGUUCUGCUGAGGAAUAUUGACCAAUAAGAAAUCACACAGAGAAACAUUGUUUCAACAGUUUAAAGUGUAGAGAAAGACACAAGAUGUUAAGCAAAAGUGAAAAGCAUUCAUGCAAAUAAGUGGUAAUUGUUAAAGUCAGUUCUUAUUGAAUUGGUGCAGAAGGUUUAAUAACAUGAAGUACAGAAACUUAUUUGUUGAUUUUGACUAAUUUAAUGUAGUAAUGACAUGUAAGAAAUGAUAAACAUUAUCAAAAUUUUUAAAUAACUUUUUUAAUGAAAUUAUUUAAUAAAUUAUACUUGGAAAUUUGAUAUAGAUUAACAGACAUUACACAUUAGCAUACACAAGCAUUAUAACACUUAAUGAAGACAUUACUACUCUCUUGCAUGUAUUUACUAUACUAUUCUAUGCAUGAUAUUUAAUUUGUUGUUUAUUAACCUUGUUAAAUCUUAUUUAACUAAUCAUGUUUGUUAUUACACUAGUACAAUGAAGUUAUAUGUUAUUUACAUGUCUGUUGCUUUAAUAAAUUUAUAAAUGUUGAUA